UUUCACGACACAAAGAGCGUGCACAUGGGACGAACAGGAAAUGUAACAAUUUUUAGGAUGGUAAAUGCGUAGAAGCCAAAAAAACUGAAAUACGAUUGUUUUCGAGCGAAAACAAUUAUUUACAUGUUUAAAUGUUGGAAUAAAAGUGUUAAAAUAAAGGGCAAACGUACCUUUUAAAACUGCACAAAAGAAGAGUCACAGAACGAACAACGAACCGGUCGUUGUGUCGGUACUUUCGUUAUAGUAAAUCGCACACUCGCAAUACGAAAUUGGUUCUUCUAUCCUUUUCUGUUGUCAUCAAGUGCUGCUAGUAUGGCGAUCCAAAAAGUCCCUAGAUACUUUUUCCAACUGCAGAGUCAAUAAAAUUUUUUGACAUAAUGAAUUUAUAUUUAAAAAAAUUAUAAUUUCUGGAUAAAUAUAUUUUUCAGAGUUCUUUUAAAAUGUUCACUUUUUAAAAUGAGUCACUUAAAAAAAUUGUAAUUUGUACAAUUUGAAAUGCGAAGUUUAAAAAAUCGGAAAAUCCCUAAGUAAUUUUUUCAAAUAUGAAGCUAAUUGAUUUUUAACAUAACAAAUAUAUAGGAAGUAUAGUUAGUAAUAAAUUAAAUUAAAUGUUUAUUUAAGAUGUUCACUUUCUGCAAGAAGAAAUUGAAGAAUUGUAGAUCGUAAAAUUAUGGAAAGAAAUAAAUAAUUUUGAAACUAUGCGAUAAAAUAGAUUUAUGAUUAAGAAUUAAGAAAUUAUAAGUUUUUAAUAAUAAUUCUAAUCUUAUAAUCUUUAGUUUUCGCUUUCCGAAACUUAAUAAAAUAUAAGUACAUUUGAAAAGAUUUAAGAAAAACAAAAUAUCAAUAAAGAUUUCUCAAAUUUUUAUAUGUUAGAAAAAGAAUCUUGAACUGUACGUUUUGACAAAUGCUAUAGAAUAUGGUAGAAAAAACUGACUCUAGAUUCUUAGCAUUGUAGCAUUUUUUCGUUAUAUCGUACGCCAUUAACUUUAAAGAGAAACGAAAUUUCAAAUUGAAUAAAUUUUUUUAACGUUCAUUCAGACUGUUCGACCAAUCGAAUCAGAAGUAAUUUUAACUGGUCACGUGAUACUCCAACUAUUGACUGCUGUAAACCGGCUAGUAAAUUAUUUUUUAUCACUAUAAGAAAUUCCUGUUUCUCCUUUAUAUUUUUAUUAAAAAUGAAUGACAAACAGUGUCUUGCUACGUUUUAAUCGAAAUUUAAUUACUCGAUACUUAAUUUCUGAAAAAUGGUCGUUCUUCAUUUUUAGUAUCUCAUUUUUACAGUAAUACAUCUCAAUAACCAGUAACAAUGCCAAAGACAAGUAUGAAAGUUGCUUUCUAUUUUGAAAUAUAUUACAAAAACUAUAUUUUACGAAAUACAAUAUGUUACAUACUAAUAGAUAACGUAUAGAUUAUACAAAAAUAUCAAAAUUCGUAUGCGUAUAAUUUUCAUAUUGUAUUCGAUUUUUCAAUAGUGGCAGUCAUAUUGAUUAUAUUUUGUCAUUACGGUGAAAGUUUAGUAAUUUUAAUUGUCCGUAAAAUUAGUAUUUUUGUAAUAUACAAAAUAAAAAUUACUCGACUUAAAACGAGUUGACUCAUACAUAUUGAAUAGGCAUAUUGAAUAGGCGAACGUGCAUGUAUUUACGAAAUACUCCAUUUACAAAGUAUUGUAUAGAAUAUACGCAACGUUCGAGAUUAAAAUAAAAUAUCUGAAGUAAGUUACACGUCUGAACAACUUUAGUUUUCCUUUCUUUAAUUUUAUUCACGAAAACACGAAUUUGCAUAAGUAUCUGCAGUAAAACAGUUGCAUUAUGGGAUACAUCAAGAAUCGUAGAUUUCGGCCUUUUUUCCCUAGACUUCGAUCACAUGGUUUUAUUUACCUCUUCCGAUAUCAUUUGAGCAGACCAUAGUUCCAAUAGAAAUUAUCGUUUACCUCGAGAAGGGAAAUAAGAUGGCGGUGUGACGUCACGUCCGCUCGGUACGAAAACGUAACGUAAUUCGCUAACACGUUUUCUCCUGUAACAGCGUAUUCCUUCGGGCUUCGCGCCUUCGUCAAAUGCAGUGAGCGUCGGUGUACGUAAAAUGGCGGACGGUGACAUUGAUUUGUACGCCGACGAUCUCGAGCAAGAUUUCGCGCAGGAUGAGUUUGCUGGUGACGGUGUUGAUUUGUAUGAUGAUGUGAUAGCAGCUCCUGCUGGUGGUAAUGGUGGUGUUUCUACGGGAAACAGUGGAGAUGGUGGAGGUGAUACUACCUCACCAAAUGAGGAAACAAAUGGCAAUGCGCCUUACCAUCAACUUGGAAAUAAUAUUCAGCCAAAUCAAAUUGGGAGACGUCAUCAAUUAUAUGUUGGAAAUUUGACUUGGUGGACAAGUGACCAAGACAUAACUGAUGCAGUUCAAAGUAUUGGUGUAUCAGAUUUUGUUGAAGUAAAAUUCUUCGAAAAUCGAGCUAAUGGACAAUCUAAGGGUUUCUGUGUGAUAUCUCUGGGUUCAGAACAAAGCAUGAGAAUUUGUAUGGAAAGAUUACCUAAAAAAGAAUUACAUGGACAGAAUCCAGUAGUAACAUUUCCCACUAAGCAAGCUUUGAAUCAAUUUGAGUCUCAGUGUAAGACACGUCCAGCUCCAGCUCCUCAGCAGAGUCAGAGUCAGCGCCCCCAUAAUCCACAUCAACAUCAGCCACCAAUGCCACCUCAUCAACAGCACCCACAACAUCCCCAACAUCCUCAACAUUCACAACAAAAUCAUGGUCCUAGGAUGAUGAUGGGUCCUCCACAGGGUGUAAGACCACAAAGAAUGCCACCUCCAGGAAUGGGUCCACCAGGUCCAGGUGGCCCUGGACAACAAGGUCCACCACGUAUGCAUGGUCCACCAAUGGGUCCUGGACCAGGACCACACCAUCCUUUACCUGGACAUCCUAAUCAAGGCCCACCACCUCCUGGAUAUCAGCAAGGACCGUGGAAUGGGCCAAGACCUAAUGGACCACCUGGACCACCCAGAGGUCCAAAUGGACCUGGUGGUCCACCUCAACAAGGACCACCAGGACCAGGUCCUGGUCAACAUCGGCCUCCAGGAAUGAUUGAAAUAGAUUCUUCGUUUGUCUCCAUUCAGCAAUUUCAUGGUGGCCCACCUGGUCCACCUGGUCAAGGACCUCCACGUGGUCCGCCUGGACAUCCUGGUGGACCUCCAGGUGAUCCAAGAGGUGCUCAACCACGUCCUGAAUGGAAUAGACCACCAGGAAUGCAUCAUGGGCCUCAGGGACCACCAGGUUUCCCUCAACAUCAACAUAUGCAAGGCCCGCAACCUGGUCAAGGCCCACCACAGAGAGGACCUCCUCCAGGUUCUAUGGGUGGAAUGUUACCAGGUCCAGGAGGACCACCACCUGGUCAUGGAGGCCCACCUCAAGGGCCUCCACAAGGACCUCCAGGAGGACCUGCACCACACGUGAAUCCAGCAUUUUUUCCACAAGGGCCACCUCAUCAGCAUCCAGGACAACAUCCACCAGGUCCUCCUGGUCCACCUCAUGGGCCACCUCAUGGACCACCACAUGGUCCACCUCAUGGUCCCCCUCAUGGACCUCCACAUGGUCAACCGCAUGGACCACCACAUGUGCCACCGCAUGGUUAUGGACCACCUGCAGCACAGCCACCUUAUGGUGCACCGGGCCCUGACCAUCGUCCAGAAGGGCCUCCUCCCCUCACCGAACAAGAAUUUGAAGAAAUCAUGGGUAGAAAUAGAACCGUUUCUUCUUCUGCAAUUGCUCGAGCAGUAUCCGAUGCUGCGGCAGGAGAAUAUGCAAAACGAUCACGUUCACGAGAUAGAGAACGCAGUCAUAGAAGAAGACGUGAGCGGUCAAGAAGCCGUGACAGAGAAUACAGAGAAAGAAGCAGAGAUAGAGAUAGAGAGCGUGACAGGGAACGCGAUCGUGAAAGAGAGAGGGACCGUGAUCGUGACAGAGAACGUUAUUAUAGUGAACCAUAUCCACGAGAGAGAUCACGAAGCAGAGAGAGGGAUCGUGAACGUGAAAGAGAUCGCGAAUAUAGAGAGCGAAGCAGAGAAGAAAGGUAUUAUGACGAUCGCUACAGAGAGCGUGAACGAGACAGAGAUCGAGAACGAGAGUCAAGCCGGAGACCAUCAGAGAGAGAACGAGAACCGGAACGUGAACGAGAACGUGAACGAGAAAGAGAUCGUCGCGACGAACGUGGAGACUCUUCUCACCGUUCAAGGCAUUAAAGGCGAUUGCACGCUGAAGAGAAAAAAAAGGACUCUCAUUACAAAACGUCAGGAAUAACAGAAGAAGUAGUGAGAGUAAAAGAGCAGAAGGGGAAGAAGACAAGGAAGAUGAUCGUGCUUUAGCAUACAUCGUGUUCACGGGAUCUCACCGUUGCAAUCUUGCAAGCUCCAUCGAGAAACAGAUCCAAGAAGAUACACGUUUAUCUCCUGAGAGCACACCUCUUUUAUAUUUUAUCUGAAUAUUAGUAGUGUUUAAACACUUUCUCGACCGAUCAAAGGAACCAUUGAUUUCAGAAUGAAGAAAACAGAGUAAUUUUGCAAUUGAUUAGAUUUCUUGAUUCUAUUUAUACAUGAUUGGUAAUUCAGAGCACCUUUCAAUUUAAGACAUUUAGUCUUUAUAAUAAAAGCAUAGAUAACUAUCUAUCUUAUUUGUUUUAUGUGAUGAAUAGCUUUGUUUGUACUAGAGGCUUGUAGUUUAUGUAUAUUUAAUAUUCAUGUAUAUGAAAUGUAUUUGUAUAUUUAGCUGAAUAAUUUUUAGUACAUGUUUAUCCAUAUACUAAAAAUUAAAAUCUUUAAUUCAUAUUUAAAUACUCAGAUAUACAUGUAUUAACAUAUCCAUAUUCUAACUUGGAAUUUCGAAGUCAAUAUUUUGAAAAUUUUAUUUUAUUCCUUCACGAUUAUAUUGGCAUCUUAAGAAUCAUCAUUAUGUUAACAUCACAGUUUAUCUAUAAUGUAUCUUCUCUAUUGCAUCUUAAGAGUCAUCGUUAUGUUAAUAUUUUAUGCUACAACAUUUAUUUAUAAUGAUUAAUAGUUUUUAAGUCUAUAUUAAAGCAUAAGAUCUUGAU